AUGGCCAGCGACGCGGCCCGGGACGCCUUACGGCUACCCCGCGAAGAGGCUGUUGUCAACCAGGGCCUCGAGGGGCUCUCGCUGACCCCAAACUCUGGGUCACCACCAAGAUCGCCGCCUCCGCCGGCGUCUUCGUCGACAAGGAUUACCAGCAACGGUGUUGUAUCCAUAGAUAUAACGUCUAGAUUUACGGCUGCAGCUUCGACUCUUGAACCGGGAGACAUUGUCAAGGAUGGCUACUUUACGCUCUUCGAGUCCGUUGGUGCCUUGGAGAUAAUGGACCCGAAAAUGGACAGCGGCUGCGUCUCAGCGGAAGAGUUGGUGGACAAUGAUCACCAGCAACUUAUGCGCUCGCUGCUUCCGGCCGAAGUGGUUGGCAUUAUCGAUCAGCUUUUAUGUUUGGAGAUGGCAUGGCACCUUGGAUACCCGCUGUCACAAACGCUCCUGACAAGCAUCUACAUGACUGGUAUUCUUAACCCCCCGCCACGAACCUUGAACGAAGCGGACUAUAUGCGGCGGCAGAGCGCUGAAGGGACCACACGGUCUCCAGCUCAUGCCGUCCUUCGAGCAUACUGCAUCGCCGUGAUAAAGACGGUGGGAGAUAUUAUUACCAGCUUCAAAAGUGAAGUGUACUACGAGGAAGAGGACAUUGCGACAAACACGUAUCACUUGUCUCUGCUCGAAGACGUGGGCCGCGACGAAAUCCGCCAGGUGCUCCAGGAAGCGCGCACGGCAAUUGUCGAAGUCGGGGACGCUUGGGCGGACACCGUGUCUCUGGCCCUGGAGGCACGGCUUGACUUCCGCGAGACGUUUCUCACGGCCAUUGAGCUGGCCGAACUGCGGAUACGCCCCGAUGCCUUGAAAGUACCGUGGACGCAAAUGACGGACGCAGUCAAGAACAUUAAAGAGUCCCACGAUCUAGGGAUUGCAGUGCCUGCGGCAUUCAACACGAAGAUGCAAGGCCUUUUGGCCAGCACUAUGCCUCCACGGCCAAUUGUGCAGCCCAGUUUUGAAGACGCUGUUGAGCAAUGGUCUCGGUUCUCCACGGACGGUGCUGAGGCGAUGGGCAUCCUCGCGUACGAAGAUCCCCAAAGUUUACUGAAUUUUGUCCUUACGUUCCAAGCCAAGAAGCCACAGCCGCUCGCGUACAUACGGGUGCUAAUGCAAAGUUUCAUCUUUGCUGAAAACAUCAUGCUUGGCGAGCAUAGCAUACGACAGAUUAUGGACGACGACCUGUCGAUCGUGGUGCUUCCAGCCAACAUUCUUCUUGACCCGAUCAAUGACGAGAUCGAGGUGGCCAGGGACCCGCGCUUUGCUCUUGCCAAACAUAUGGAAGAGUUCCGGAUACGGUCGUUCCCCGCGUACCUGGAAAUCUUUCGCACACUCUGCCAGAAUCGAAGUCGUGCGCGGCGUAUGAUGUGCCACAUUCUCCACGAGUGGGAGCGCGUGCAGAUGGACGCGGAAGAGAUUGACAACCUCGUGGAGUCAACCCUAAACGAGAUCCCGGAGAAUAGUCUCCUGGCCGGUACCGGGCCCGGCGACAAACCGCUGCCGCUUUCUUCGUGGGCCUUCCUCUACAAGAUCCGGCUGAUGGAGUGGGUCGUCCAGCUCGGCUUUGAGCUGGAAAUCUACCAAGCAGACGAGCUAGCCGGCAUGUACUGGUACCUCAGCUACCUCGCCAAGAGGCGAGUGAUGCACUGUGAGCGCAUCCGAGCCUUCACGCUGCGCAGCCAUGGAGAGAUGCGGCAGCGGGGUGGCGGCCGGGCGUUACCGGGCGAUCAGGAGGCCGUGAUGACGAAAUCGCUGACAUUUUUGCGGACGAUGAUGCUCGAUGCGUCCGUGACGUGGGAGCUGGCCGAUGCACUGUCCUGUCUAUACGCCGCGCUGCACCGCACGGGGCUUCUCAAGACGCCUGUGCGGCCUUACAGCACGGACGAGUUGCGGUACGAGCUUCGUAUGCGGCCCUUUGCGGCCAUUGGUCUACCUGCGCUGCCGUCCUUUGAGACGUUUCAGAAGGAAGCGCAGCAAAGCACCUCGACUAUCAAGGCCAUUCUGGACUAUGCCGAGAAAGCACUUGGCGGCGCCAAGAAGGGCUGCGAGGCGCUGACGCGCUUCACCGAGGCAGAAGCCUUUUCGGCCCAUCACCACGAACGGUGGCUGUCAGGCACCAAGGGCAUGCACAAAUCGGCGAUAUUUGCGGGCCUCGCGGUUGCGUCUCUUAAGCGGGAGGUGGUUCGGGUCGAAAUGGAUGCCCGUAGCGUGGGCAACGGAUUAGAAAGCGACGUAGGAGCGGCGGCGCUGAAGCUCACGGCGCAGGUCCCGAAACCUGACAAGUGCUACCAUGAGUGGUGGAUCGUCCCAAAGGUGGCAUCAGCCACGUCGUCGUGA